AUGGACACAGCACGUUUAACAAGUAAAGCUUGGAUUACAUUGAAGAGAGAAGAUUAUAAAUUAGCAAUUGACUUCGGAUCCAAAUCUUUAUGUAAAGAUAAUAAACUUAACAAAGAAUUGACGAUAACUACUUUAAAUUCUCUUGCUGGAACUCAUUCAAAGUUAAAGAAUUAUCCCACAACAUUAGAAUAUUAUAGACAGGCGUACGAUUUAUCAAAACCAACUGAUGAUAUAAUAAAAAAUGGCGCCUAUCAAAGUCCAUGUAUGAUAAUUAUAAAAAUGUAUCAUGAAUUAAUAUAG